AUGACAGAUAAAGUAGUCGUCACUUCUUAGAGGGUGAAUUUUGUAGUUUCGAAAGAUAUGAUAAUUUUGAUAAGUAGUCAUUACAACUACCGAGAAUGUUCAAAAACCAGUUGGGACUAAAGAAAUUACUACCAUCGUUUCAGUGGUUGUUACGUAUCACGUGUUACAGAUAUGUUCUUUUCUUUUUAAGUUAUCUUUUCUAAUGGGAAAGAUUGCAUCUUUUAACCUUGAAGAUGUGUGUUUGGUUCCCAUUAGAGACAUUUUGAGAGAGUGAGGAUAUCUAAAGUGGUUAGAGCUUCCUUUCAAAUUUUCAUCUUUCCGUCCCUGUGGCUCUCUUAACAGCAGAAGAAAGAUAGGAAAAAAAAAAAACUUUGAGGGCAAGGAUCCGUGAGGAAAUGGAGUGAAAUGGAUGUUGAUCUUAGAUGACUAUAAUAGUUUAUUUUUUUUUAUGACAAUGGAGAAAACAUACACGAAAUAAGGCUUCAAUCCCUAAAACUGAGCAAUGAAAAGAUGGCGACUAAAUCUGGUAAUCUUCUUCACUGCAAUUCUUAUUAUAAUUUCUUCACCUCUCUACUUGGAUUUCGUUGUUAUUCCAAUUGCUCUAAAUUUCUUGUUGUUGAUGUUGAUGUUGAUGUUGAUGAUGACGACCCCAAAUUGUUUCUCAAAUUUGUUAGACAACAAUCCAAAUUAGGGUUUACUAAUGUUGAAAUCCCCCUUUCCCAUUUCCACCAUAUGAAAUCGAUGCGACCUCUUCCAUCUAUCAUUGAUUUCUGUAUGUUAUUGAGUGCCAUGUCCAAGAUUAAACCCCAUCCCCCUUUCUCCACUGUCAUUUCUCUUUACAGGCAGCUCCUUUUCUUAGGUCUUCGUCCAAAUAUUUACUCCCUUAACAUCCUUGCUAAUUGCUACUGUCGUUUGAACUUUGUUGAUUUGGGGUUCUCUGUUCUCGCCAACAUUAUUAAACUUGGUUUUCAACCUAAUAUUGUCACCUUUACUACUCUCAUCAACGGCUUCAUUCACUCUAAUCAAUUUGAGAAAGCCGUUCCAUUGUUGGAUAAAAUUGUCAAGCUUGGCUUCCAACCCACAUUAGUCACCUAUGGUUCUAUGUUCAAAGGUCUCUGUAGGUCCGGUGAUAAUGCCGGUGCUCUCAAACUCCUCAGAAACAUGGAAUCUUAUGGACAUUGUUUGCCUAAUGUUGUCAUUUAUAGCACCAUCAUUGAUAGUCUCUGUAAAGACCAGUUAUUACCUCAGGCUCUCCGCCUUUUCAAGGAGAUGAAAGUCAAGGGAAUUUCCCCUAAUGUUGUCACCUAUACUACCUUAAUUCGAGGUAUGUUAACUUUGGGACAACAGAAAGAGGCUCAAGAAAUGCUGACUGAGAUGUUGAGGAACAACAUAACUCCUGACAUUCAGACCUACAGCAUGUUGAUUGAUAUGUAUUGUAAAGAUGGCAAGGUUGGUGAAGCACGGGACAUUUUUGUUCACAUGACUGAGAGAGGAUUUGUUCCCGAUAUCAUCACUUACAGUGCUCUGUUAGAUGGAUAUUGUUUACGUGGUGAGAUGGAUGAGGCAGAAAAGCUUAUGGAUUUGAUGGUUGAAAAUGGUUGCAAACCUGAUGUAGUUACUUACAGCAGCUUAAUCAAUGGCUAUUGCAAGUCUAAAAGGAUUGACAGAGCUCUUGGUCUACUCCAAGAGAUGCAUUUUAACGAAUUAGCCCCUAAUGUUAUCACGUACAACACUCUUAUAGAUGCCUUGUGCAAAGACAAUCAGCUCAAGCUUGCACACCAGUUUUUCAAGGAAAUGGAAGCUCAUAGACUGAAACCAGAUAUAAUAACUUGGAAUUCAUUCCUUGACGGCAUGUGUAGGAAUUCACAAAUAGAUAAGGCAGUUGCAACAGUGAAGGAAAUGGAGAGCACUGGAAUGGUCCCUGAUAUUAUUACAUACAGUAUCUUAAUGAAUGGUCUGUGUGAAGCUAACCGCCUUAGAGAAGCGGUGGAUGUCUUCUCCUUUCUCACAGCUAAAGGGCUGCACGAUGUCCGUGUUUACACCAUAAUGAUAAAAGGGUUUUGUAAAGAUGGGUUGCUAGCUAAGGCCGAUGAAUUAUUGAAGAAUAUGGAGGACAAUGGAUGCCUUCCAAAUGAAUGCACCUUCAAUACAAUUAUUAGAGGGUUUCUUGAUGGCAAGGAUGUUAGGAGAGCAUUAGAGCUUGUCAGGUUGAUGAGAAUCAAAGAGUUUGUUGCUGAUAAUCACACGAUAUCAUCAUUUGUGGGCUUACUCGCUGAUCCAAAUAUCGGUGAUGCAGACAAGGAUUUGCUAAAAAUGUUUUUUGAGAACUGAGUGAGCAAUAGUUAGGAGAAAAGGUGGAAGUAGCAAUGAAUAAAGUAUAUAUGAUCAGGCGUGAUAGAGAUGUGUAACAUCAGGAGGGAAUGUUGUAAAUUAGUAAUUCUUAUAUUUAGUGUGUUUUGAUUGAUUGUAGGCAAAGACCUUAACACUUGUAAUUUGGAACAUAGGCAAAUGUGGAUAACCUGUAAAUUUUUUAUCUAAUUGUUGCGUUUGCUUUCUA